AUGGCGAGCUCAGAAAAACAGCCAGUCCGUGCUAACAAAGCUGGGUGCAGUGGUAAAGAUGAUACUCCGACCAAUCCAAGGGGCAUUCCGUACGCUCCCUUCGUCGACAAGGUCGAGGACUACGUUUCAACUCGGGACGAUGUCGAACCGACGCUUCGAAAGUUUCAAGAAAUGAUCUCGAAGUAUCAGUUCAUGGAGCUGAACCUGCAGCGUCGUAUGACGGGGCUGAGGGAGAAGAUUCCUGAUAUCCAAAAGACAUUGGACACAGUGCAGUUUCUGAAGCUGCGGAAGGAGGAGACCGAUCCCAUCGAGACCACCUUUGAGCUUAACGAUACUUUAUACGCCAGAGCAAACAUCCCUCCUACUGAGGAAGUGUACAUUUGGCUAGGGGCCAAUGUCAUGUUGUCUUACCCAGUCGAUGAAGCAGAGACGUUAUUAACCUCCAAAUUGUCAGCGGCUAAAACAAGUCUGUCAAACUGCGAGGAAGACUUGGACUUCCUCCGCGAGCAGAUUACCACCAUGGAGGUUGCGACUGCAAGGGUUUACAACUGGGAGGUGGUGCAAAAGAGGAAAGAAAAGGUAGAGGAAGAAGCAGAGAAGAAGAAGCUGAAGGACAGCGAUGCGUAA